UAAAUUUGCCUUGUCUCCCCAUGGGGUCCCACUGUUGUCGGGGCCCUGAGUUAGUGGGGCCAGCGUUUUCCCAGGCAGCACCCAGCACGUUUCCCGCCAGGCAUUACCAGGAAGAAACAUUGAACUUUGUCCCACAGAGCUGUGCUUUCCUUGGAUGGCGUCCUGCCUCUGCUCUUGUUCGCAUCUUCCUAUGCUGACCUCCAACUGAGAGGCCAGCCCAGCCUCUGCCUUCCAGAGGAGCUGAUCCACCAGUGUUUCAAACCAAACUCCAGGUUUUGGAGGGUUACGUGGUGAACGGCAGAAAUUCAGUUUUUAUUACUAUAGCUGGCAUUACUGUGGCUUUACAAUCAUAGAAUAGUUUGGAUUGGAAGGGACACUUAAAGGAUGUACCUCCUAACAGCACUGACUUCAUGUUUAUUCUGGAACAUGUUUGGCUUGAGUGUAGCUAUGGAUUCUAAACCAAAUAUACUUCUGUUUCUGGCUGAUGAUCUUGGCAUCGGAGAUAUAGGUUGCUAUGGGAACAAUACCAUAAGGACUCCAAACAUUGACCGCCUGGCAAGAGAAGGAGUGAAACUUACUCAGCACAUUGCUGCAGCUCCACUUUGCACUCCAAGCAGAGCAGCGUUCCUCACUGGCAGAUACCCCAUUAGAUCAGGGAUGGCAUCCAGCAACAGGUACCGGGCGCUGCAGUGGAAUGCUGGGUCAGGAGGGCUCCCUGCUAAUGAAACAACAUUUGCCAGACUGCUGCAGCAACAAGGCUAUACCACUGGACUGAUUGGAAAGUGGCAUCAAGGUGUAAACUGUGAAUCCUUCAAUGAUCAUUGUCAUCAUCCUCUCAGUCAUGGGUUUGACUACUUUUAUGGUAUGCCUUUCACACUUUUAAGUAACUGUCAAGAAAACAAACCUCCAGAACUGGAUGUAGCCCUUCAAGAAAAGCUUUGGCUUUACAGUCAGAUAAUUAUUCUUGCUGUUCUCACUCUCACUGCUGGAAAACUGACUAAUUUGAUUUCCAUCGACUGGAAGAUAAUUGUCUGUUUUACUUUGGUGGGCAGCCUUUUCUUCAUUUCUUGGUACUCCAGUUACGGCUUUGUGCAGUAUUGGAACUGUAUCUUGAUGAGGAACCAUGACAUCACUGAGCAGCCAAUGAAGUUAGAGAGGACUGCUUCCCUCAUGCUCAGAGAGGCAAUAUCAUUUAUCAAAAGAAAUAGGCACGGACCAUUCCUCCUCUUUGUUUCCUUUUUACAUGUUCACACACCCCUCUUUACCACGGCAAAAUUUCAAGGGAAAAGCCAUCAUAGCUUAUAUGGAGACAAUGUAGAAGAAAUGGACUGGAUGGCGGGCAAAAUUCUGGAUUCACUUGACAAAGAAGGUUUGACAAAUCGUACAUUUACAUACUUUGCCUCUGAUCAUGGAGGACACUUGGAGGCUCAGGAUGGAUCUGCCCAGCUAGGUGGCUGGAAUGGAAUUUAUAAAGGUGGAAAAGGCAUGGGAGGCUGGGAAGGAGGGAUCCGUGUGCCAGGAGUAUUUAGGUGGCCAGGAGUGUUACCCGCAGGAGGAGUUAUAGAUGAACCUACGAGUCUUAUGGAUAUUUAUCCCACAGUUGUUCAUCUGGCUGGAGGAAUACUGCCACAGGACAGGGUGAUUGAUGGACGAAACUUGAUGCCUUUGCUUCAAGGAAAAUCUCAAAAGUCAGAGCAUGAGUUCCUGUUUCACUAUUGUGGGUCCUACUUGCAUGCAGUCCGGUGGCACCAGAAGGACAGUGGAGCCAUCUGGAAGGCUCACUAUGUGACCCCUCUCUUUCAUCCACCUGGGGCUGGAGCUUGUUAUGGGAAAGGAAUUUGCCCAUGUUUUGGGGAAGGCGUGACCCAUCAUGAUCCUCCAUUGCUGUUUGAUCUCUCACGAGACCCUUCUGAAGCAAAACCUCUGACAGCUGACACCGAGCCUCUCUUCAACAUUGUAAUAAAGAAGAUUGGAAGAGCCGUAGAAGAGCAUCGCAGGACACUGGCUCCAGUCCCAGAGCAGCUCUCCUUGUACAACAUCAUGUGGAAGCCAUGGCUGCAGCCAUGCUGUGGGACAUUCCCAUUCUGUUGGUGUGAUAAGGAAGGGGACAACACACAGAGGUUGUGAGGUGGAUGUCUACUAACAUGUCAUGUGGCACUGAGUCGUCUGCUGACAAAGCUUUCAGAAAAUAAUUGUGUCCUUUCUCUCUCUGGGAAGCAAAGGGGAUGAAAAUAAAGAAAAGGAAUACUGAUCAGAGAUACUUCCCUUUCAUUCUUCACUACUAGCCAAAGGUCUAUCUCUUUGAUGUGGUAAAGUGCUUGAAUGGUGACUGGUUUUGCAGAUUUGCAUGUGAGAGAGCUGUAGAGGUAUAUGCCUAAACUCUGCCUAAUUUAUGCCUGCUUAAGCAAUAACUGGCAAACUUUGCAGGGACCCUAGCAUAUGGUACCGAGUAGGCAGCUGUAAGGAAUACUAGAUUUGAACUGAACUCUUAUGUCGUGGUUGUGCCCCUAUAGUUCAUAUGAUUUCAUUGUCGUCCUCUAUCCAAACAUAAUUGUUUGUACCAGUAUCGCAUCCUGUACUUCUGCGUUAUCUCUGCAGUAAUCUCAUUGAGUUGUUGAGCAACAGCUGAGACAGAGUGAAUCUGAUUUAGUGAGUGAUCAUCCUCAGGUUGUGAAUAGCUUUUUGAACAGAUCUGCAACUUUAGUUAGGUAACAGUAAUGUAUGUCAGGAACAGUACAAAAUACAAAACAUCCAGUAUAACUCUGCAACAGUUGCAAAAGAGAGAGAAGCACUUCGUUCUUCAGAAAGAGAAGGUGCAUACCAAUAUGGCAAACAGUAAUGUUAUUGAAAAUAAGAUUUCAAUAAAAAAUGUUUUGGGUUAAUAUUAUACCUGGCACUGUUUCAAUGUAAGAUCCAGAAAAAUAAGGUUCAUUUGAGAAUCGUGUUGGAAUUCAUGCUUGGUAAAAAUGCUUGGUAGAAGUAUGCUUAGGUUUACAAACUACAGCUUGUGAAAAGAAGUUUUACCAAUGCUAGUUAAAAAAAAACAACAACAACUAAACAAAAGUCCUGCAGUGGUGUGAGCGUAGCCAGGCUUUCUAAGGAGGUGUGACUUUGCACUGAACU